AUGGGAGUACAAGGUACUUUGGAAUACUUGUCUGAUUUACUCAGUAGCACCACAAAGAAGAAGAAAAAGAAGCAAACACAAACUGUAUCUCUUAAAAUCAGAAUGGAUUGUGAUGGAUGUGUUCGUAAAGUUAAACAUGUCCUUUCUGGUGUUAAAGGAGUUAAGAAAGUGGAUGUGGAUAUGAAGCAGCAGAAAGUAACAGUGAGUGGAUAUGUUGAGCCAAAGAAAGUGUUGAAAGCUGCACAAUCAACAAAGAAGAAGGUUGAACUUUGGCCUUAUGUUCCAUACACUAUGGUGGCUCAUCCUUAUGUUUCUCAAGCUUAUGAUAAAAAGGCUCCUCCAAAUAUGGUUAGAAAAGUUGGUGACACUUCCAACACAAAAGAGACCACCUUUGAUGAUAGCUAUGUUGAAAUGUUCAGUGAUGAAAAUCCAAAUGCAUGUUCUAUUAUGUAA